AUGCUCUUCACACAACUCGCCCUGGCUGUCGCCGCUUUCGCUGCCAGCUCCCUCGCAGCUCCCAGCGAAUUCUACCUCAAAACCACAGGAUCAAACAUCAUCGCCCACAACGACCUCUAUGUCGAGGCCUACCACACGGGUGCCGGGCUGGGCGACCCCGUCUUGACUACCGUCACUGCGAAUGCCGGCCGCUUCUAUUUGAACGAGACAUAUCUGCAGAUGGACAUUGGGCAAGAGUAUAGUUACGGCUUUGAUAUUGGUGGUGCUACCAACUAUGCUGCAUGGGAGUUCGUCGAAGUCAACGCCGGACAGGGCGUGCCUGGAUUCGAGCUGGAAAACGACAGCAUACUGGUUUGGAACAGCACUGAAUUCGGUGGAUGGCUUGCGUGCGACUGGUGGCACGGGGCGCCGCAGCUCUUCUGGAUCGUCUCCUAUGAAAAAGGUGCUAUCUCUUACCCAUCGUCUUGUAGUGAGGUUGAUCUCAUCCCGGCGGCCAUUAGUUCUUGA